UUAAUCAACAAUGGAUAAAAUGAAUAACACUUAUUUCCCUGAUAAAACAUACUCUGAAGCAAAACAUACAUGGUAUUUAAUUGAUUGCAAAAACCAGACUGUAGGUCGAAUAGCAACUGCAAUUGCUAGAAUUUUAAUUGGUAAAAAUCAAAGUACUUAUACUCCUUAUGUCAACACAAAAAUACAUGUUAUUAUUACAAAUUCUAAAUACGUUAUUAUGUCUUCAGGAGAUAAAAAAAUAUAUUUUAGAAAUUCUAGAAGACCAGGAGGUUUAAAAAAAGAAAGUUUUAAUCAACUUAAAUUACGUUUACCAAAUAGAAUUAUAGAACAUGCAGUAAAAGGAAGACGUAAAAAUGCAAUUGCGCGUGUAUUAAUUAAAAUGCAUAAAAAUGAAUUUAAUAAUGGUAAAAUCAUUAUUAAUGGUCAAACUACUGAAAAAUAUUUACAAUACAAUCCUAUAUACAUAAAUAAAAUUUAUUUACCAUUUGAAAUAGUAAAUUAUGAUAUAUCUACUUCUGAUCUAAUAGUCCAAGUAAAAGGUGGUGGAAUUUCUGGUCAAGCAGAUGCAAUUAGGCUUGGUAUAGCUAGGACCUUAUGUGAAAUUGAUACUAGUUAUAAACCAUUAUUAAAACAACAUAAUUUGUUAACGAGAGAUUCGCGCAUUAAAGAACGAAGAAAAUAUGGUCUCAAAAAAGCAAGAAAAGCGCCUCAAUAUUCAAAAAGAUAACAAUAAAUCAUGUAUUUAAUUG